GUGGUGGCGGGUGGCAGGUUGCCGUUUCCUCUCUUCUUCCACAUGGUGGACAAGCCCAACGCCACUCCAGCUAUUCUUCAUUUUAGUGGCCAUGGCGCUGGUACCACCAAGACAACUCUGUGGAUGCUGCGGAAUCACACCUCUUGGUAUGUGGAGACGAAGCGCUCUGCUGCUGCGUUCCUCAAGGCCAGGGAUAUGCUGCAGCACAGUGCAUUUGUGGAUAUUGAUGUAUCGGGGACCGGGAAGGUGCGACUCCCGUACGGCAGGGUGUGUCCC